CUUGCCGUAAUCAUUAACUUUUUUAUUCAGUGACUAGUGUUUAUCUUUGAAAAAUAAAUAUAACCGUGAAAGAGACGUAAAUAAAUCUAAUACUGUAAAAGAUAGCUAAAAUGGGUGAUCCGUGUCAAGCUUGUCUUACAAGAGUACCCCAUGCUACUUUAAUAGCCACUAUAAUGUGCUGCUUGGGCGUGGGGGUGUUUUGUGGAACGAUGUACCGAGGUUCAGCGCUAUCUAUAUUAAUGUUCGACGAAGUAUUUCACUUUCGCCUAAUAUGGAUCGAAGCUCUACAAAUGAUAUUUAUAGUUGGGAGUGCUUGUAUGGCCGCUUUAGGAUUCAUGCUCCUCUGUUUAGGAUGCCUUACUACUGGUGCCACGAGACAAAGAGUUUAUCGUGCUUGGCGAGCUAGAGUCGGCGGCAGGAUCUCUUGCGCAAUAUUCAUGAUAAUAACCUACAUAUUGACAUUUACUUGGAUAAUAUUGCUUGGUUUCCUUGUGAUAACUACAUUUUUAUUCACAAUAUUUUGGAAUCUAUGUUCUAAACCAGGAAACAUUGAAUUAUCAACUUGCAUAGAUUUUACACAGUUUGAUUUCAUGUUUCCUGCUUCUGUUAAACAAGAAGAUAUGAAAAUCUGUGAAGCUCAUAAAAUGAAACUAUUUUGCAAGGACUAUGUUGAGAAAGCUGAAUUUAUGUUUAUUCUUGCUAUGGUGUCAUGCCUUCUUGUUAUUCUGAGUUUGGUACACUAUUUAAUGUGUUUAUCUGCUAACUAUGCUCACAUAAGAGAUCAUGAGAAAUUCCAGGAGUUACAAGAAUUGCAAUACCUCACAAACCCAAACCUACAUGCCUCCAAAGACAGAUUCUAGUAUAUGGCCCGCGCACCCUUACUGCGCUCCCUUGAGGCAACUACUAAAAUGUGACAGAAUUGAGUGAAAAUGCCUACAAAAUCCUGUGUUCAUCUUAUGAAAAUAUUAAAAGACUGAUGUAUGGUGGAGAUGAUGAUUCAAAUUAUUGUCACAUAUCUUAUUUAGACCACUGUGAAUUGAUCAAAUUUGACAUUCCAUUAAUAUUAAGGUAAUUUGUUAUAUUCUACUGUAUAAGGAAACCUUAUGGUCUUAUUUAUAAACAUACUAAAAUUUAUAUAAGUAUAUUAUCAUAUCAUUUUGAGUAAACCUAAAAAGAAUAUUACAAAAUUGCAGACUAUAUUCUGGUUAUACUAAAGAUACUAAAAAUAUUUUUUUUGUAUAUUCAUAAACAAUCCCAUAGAUUUGUAAAUGAUACACUUUCCUUUUAAAAAUAUUUUUUGUCUUACUGAAAUUUUCUUAUUAGGGCUGGACUGUAUUAUAUUGAGACAAUAGUGAGUAGAUGUGACAACACUAUCCAGAUAUUUUUCUAGUAUGUUUAUGAAUAAGACUGCUAGUUUAGAUAACUUUAGUGUAGCACAAAUAAUUAUUAAUUGAGACUAAGUAGCACUGAUAAUCCAGUAAUUAUAAACCUUAGAAAGGUAUAUUGUACAAAUAUGUAUAGCAGCUGAAUUGAAAAUGAUAAAAGUUUGUUAAGACUGAGUGGCAGACUUCAUUAAACGGUAGCUAAAUAGACUUAAAGUUAUAUGUGGAAUUGUAUAGUAUUGGUAAUGUUGAGUAAAUUUUUUUUUAGGUUGAGUUCUUGGGCAAAUUUUUUUUUUAAAUUCCACACACAUUCAGGUUGCGAUAAAAAAAAAUACUCAAUAUUUCAUAUCUAAGGUAAAGUGAAAAAACUGCAGUAUUUCAUUCAAUAAUUUGAUUUUAGUUUAAGGAUAAUGUUACAAAACCUUUUUUUAAUUGUUAUCUACACAGAAUUAAAAUUAGUGUUUUGAAAAUCAACACUAAUAUUAGAUACAACAGUUUGUAAGUUUGAUGGAAAAAAUCUCUGAAAGUAUGUAUCCAACAUUCAAAAGUGCUACAUUAUUUCAAUGAUAUCACUAGUGACACAUUUGAUUAAUUAAUAUUUGUAUUUUCACACAAACAAGGAUGAAUUGAUGCAUCAUUGGCUGACUCAUGAGAGCAAGGGUUGGCUUAAGUCUUGACAACCUUCCUAUUAUCUAAUACAAUCUUGUGUUACACCUGUUAACUUUGGGGGUAUCCUAAUAUGAUAGUCUCUUCGAUAAAUAGACUAUCUAACACAUUUUUUCUUUAAUAUCUAACCCUUAAGCCUUUAACUCUUAAAGCAGAGCUAUGUUAUGUAAAUCAAAAUAUUUUCAUGCUACAUAAACUAACAAACAAUAAAUUUAUUUUGUUUGAGAUUGUGUCCCAAAUGUUAAAAAUGUUUUCAAAUUCUUAACUUUACCUUGCAUUAUGAAAUGGUCAGUAUAGAGAUGUUGUUGAUUGUACUAAAGUAAGUACAAGUUUACAGAAGUGGCAUACAAUUAUUUUUUGUUGUAUCCACUUAUUAAGAAUUAUCUACAGAUAAAGAACGACAAUAUAACGGUUUCUGUACAAAGCACAAAUGUUCACUUAAACAUAUACUAGAAAUUAUAUAUAGUGAUGACUUCAAAUAAAUGAGUCAACCAUUCUCAUGCAAUUGCUUAUAAAGUAUGUUAAACUUUGAAACAAACAAUGUUAUCUUUAAUCCACAUUUUGUAAUGGUUGGAAUUUUAUAUUAUUUUUGUGAUUAACGUUGUUCAUUAUCUGUUAGAUAUAUAACUUAUUGAUAUACCUAUAUUUUACAUUGCAUUUACUUUACUUUGCAUUACAUCUUAAUGAUUGGAGUUGCCAAUGACUCAAAAAAUGAGUCUAGUUGAGUUAAUGUUGAAGGCACAACACAAUAAAAUCUAUAUCCUUAAAUGUAUGUAAUGUAUUAUAAUCCUUUAGGGUUCAAUGGUGGUGGUAAAAGAUCUAGGGAAGUUAAUUUCAAAAUAUUUCUUAUUUAAUACGCUCCACUAUAGAUCCAGUGAAGCAUUAAAUUGAUAGCAGUAAACGUGACAAUUCAAAAUGGCGGGAGCGGCGGAAAAUUGGCUUGUGGUAAAAGUUAUGUUUAAGAAAUUAUUGCUCUGUAGAAUUGUUACUGAUUUCGUUAAUUUGACGCCAUAUUUUUCCUCGGAAUUGUAUUUGUUUUAACCAGUUUUGUGCUAGACUUCUUUUUAUUAUUUCUUAAUUUUGAAUUGUAUGAACCUGUUCAUUGGGACUUAAUGACAAUAUAGCCUUUAAUAUUUUUAUUGUUCAUUGUACGACGCAUUCUCGCACUAGAUGGCGGGCUUUUAAGCCAAGUACUAUAGGUAAUUUUGUCUAUGGUCAAUUUCGAAAUGUAUCCUCCAUUUAACCCUAAGGCCGAGGGCUCAUGGCCCAAGUUUAAAGAACUUAGCAUAGCUAAAAAGUUAUUGUUUUUUAUGUAAUCUGUAUGACAAUAAGCUUAUAUUUUUUGUACUUCUGUAAUUUAUACCUUGUACGUUAGUUCAAACACUUGCUUUGUAAUAAGCGUUUUAAUAAAAUGUUCACCUUUAA